AAAAUCACCGUCAUCAUAAAUUCGCGCUCUCUCUUUCCACCGACGCCUGCGGUGCGCAUCUCUCUCAUAUGUAUUUCCUCUCUCUAAAUCUACUGAAUUUGCGCUCAAAAUCUGCUAUCCAAAUUGACAAAGAAAAAACUGCAUUUCAAGAAAAUCACUUGACUCACAAAUUUUCUUCACAAACAGAGCGAGAUAAAAGAAAAGAAUAAAUAAAACAUCCAAUCUUGACGCUUUCUUCCACAUCGAGCUCUACAGAACUCCGUUUACGCUCAUCUCAGAUCUGCUAGCCAGAUUGGAAGCGCUCAACCGAGAAAUUAUGCCCAAUUCCGUAGCAGAACCGCACCACUCAAACGGCGUCGCGGCAAAUAACUCCGAUCCGAAAUCGAGCAACGGCACUGUGAGCCGCAAGCCGUUCAAGAUUUUCAUCGGCUAUGAUCCGCGCGAAGAUCUCGCUUACGAAGUCUGCCGCUAUUCUCUAUUGAAAAGAUCUUCGAUCCCGCUCGAAAUCCACCCGAUCAAGCAGACCGAAUUGCGCGAAAGGGGGGUUUAUUGGCGGGAAAGGGGGAAAUUGGAGAGCACGGAGUUCUCAUUCUCCCGUUUCCUGACCCCAUUCCUGGCCAAUUUCGAGGGCUGGGCGGUUUUCGUGGAUUGCGAUUUCCUAUACCUAGCCGACAUCAACGAAUUGUUCCAAUUGAUCGAUGAGAAAUACGCGAUCAUGUGCGUGCAGCACGACUACGCGCCUAAAGAGACGACGAAGAUGGAUGGGGCAGUGCAGACUGUGUAUCCGAGGAAGAACUGGUCUUCCAUGGUGGUGUACAACUGCAGCCACCCCAAAAACCGCGAGCUGACGCCUGAGGUGGUGAACAAGGAGACGGGCGCGUUCCUGCAUAGGUUUCAGUGGCUCGAAGAUGGUGAGAUUGGGGAGAUUCCGUUUGUGUGGAACUUCCUUGUGGGCCACAAUAGGGUUGUGGAGGGCGACUGGAGCACCUAUCCGAAGGCGAUACAUUACACGCUUGGGGGGCCGUGGUUCGAGCAGUGGAAGGAUUGCGAGUUUGGUGAUCUGUGGUUGAAGGAGUUGGAGGAGAUGAGGAAGGAUUCGGAGGAGAAGAAGGAUUAGGUGUAGCUCUUUUGACAAUGUAGCUUCGUGGAUGAGGUAAAUUGGGAUGAUUGGCAUUCGCUUUGGAAGAAUUCUUUAGCUGGAGUUAUAUAUGUUUGUUGAUUGUAGGUGUAUUACUGUUGUUGGUUUUGGACUAGGCGAUUUGAAUGUUGUUUGUUUGGGGGCAUUGUAUUUUUUGUGAUUGUUUGGUGAAGGGGAAUUAUGUAGGAUGUUUGAUUUGAUUCUGAUUGACUUUGUUAUAACACGAUACUAGUUGUUAUCCUCAUCUAUAUAAUGUUUAGUAGUAUGCUCUGCA